GGGCUGGAAGGAGGUCCGAGUUAGUUAUUGAUGAUUAGUGAAUGAAUGGGAAUGCAAGGCGCCAUGUUGAGUUUGCCGAGCCCACGAAUACUUUCGAUGAGUAUGAUACAGAAGACUCUUUUAUUGAUGAUGCUGAGUUGGAUGAGUAUUUUAAAGUUGACAAUUCAGCAAUAAAACAUGAUGGAUUCUUUGUUAACAGGGGAAAACUGGAACGUUGCGUCUUGGGCUGAUUAAAUUUGAAAUCGUUGUUGUUGGUGGUGUUUUGAAAUAUAUGUUUCUUCUAUCUCUUUGAUAUUAGGUGGAGUGAUUUCUGGUUUGGUUGGAAAUAUUAUUUUCAGGCUGAUAAUUUGGAAAUAUGUGAAACCCAAGUGACUGCUUCUGAGAAUCCCAUUCAAAGAGAUCUUUUUGCACAUGAAAGUGAAUGCAUAGAAACUAUUCCUGAGGAACCCAUUGGAAUUUCAGUUGUGACAUUGCAACUCCUUUUGCUUUUGUGUGUGCACAUAAUUGCAAUUUGCAACUCCAAUGUGUAUUGAAGUUUGUAUAUGAAUUAUGACGCACACUUUCAUUUCAAGUGUUCUGCCCAUUAUCCUCAUCUUCCGGAUUGAAACUACAAAAUUGAUUUUACUAGUGUUGGAGCGUUGAUAUUCCAAAGUCUUAGACUUGUAUUGUUUUACACUAGUUCAAAGCAGUGAACUAGUUCUUUUGUAAACAGGCACCACAGAGUGCUGCAGUAGCAGUGAUGUACCUGAAAAUCCCCCUCCCACCUCAGAAUGGUUAGAAGAUACGCUUAUUGAUCUUUAUUUGUCUGGUUAUUCCAACUUAGAAGCCGAUGCUGCUGAUGAUAUGACAGUGUUCCCCGAAACAGAUGUUGAGUUUGGAUCCAAUGGGAACAAUGAUAGUUACGAGCUCAAUGAAGGCAAAUUGAUUCCGGAUGACCAUGAUGCUGCAAUUAAAUCAAGUGAAAAUGUUAAUGAUGAAGGUGCUUCAUUGGAUGAAGAGAACUGGCGAGCUCAAUAUGGUCAGGUCAUUCAAUCUGAAGAAGUUUCAAUCCCGGAGUCCUCACUUGUAAGUUUAUGGGACUGGGAAAUGAUCACAAAGCCCAGAAAGGAUGGAAAAGGUGAGGUAGCAAGGCUUGUUGGGAGAUUAGUGAGGCGGUCUGCUAAGCUUCAUCCAUCUAUGCCUUCUGGUGGUGGUCUUCUAAAAACUGCUCCAAUAUGUGAAGUACAUCUUGAUCUGGUACGAGUUAUAACAGGACAAGUCUAUAAGUUGCGGAGCCCCAGUAUACGAUACUUAUCUUCCUUGUCAACUUAUGAUUCUUCCAACCCAACCAAAGAUUGGGGCUUCCCUGAAUUAUCAGUCAACACACCCCUCUCUAAAUCCAGUGUAAACAGUGAAUCAAUAACUGCAGAUGGAGUGGCAAUUAGCAAGGAUUCGUCUUUGUUGCCAGGCCAAAUAUAUGAAAAGCAUGAAAGCUAUACAUAUAGGGAUAGAGCUGCUGAUAGAAGAGCCUUGCACGGUGGUUUCGGUGUGGGUCCAGGACAAAAGAAUUCACUAAUUGGUGAUAGUGAUUCGCCGCCAGGCUCUACAGAAGAAGCUGCAGCAGAGGCCUUGAACAUGUCAUUUGGAGUUGGUAGUUAUGCCAGAAAACUUUUAGAAAACAUGGGCUGGAAGGAGGGAGAGGCACUUGGCAAAAGUACAAAGGGAUUAGUUGAACCUAUUCAAGCACACAGCAACAUUGGUAAUGCUGGAUUAGGGUGGCCUCAGGGAAGAUUUAAGCAUCCCUGAAUUAGAGUGGUCUCAGGGAAGACUUAAACAUUGAUAAUGCUGCGUGUAUAUAUGUACGGUGGAACAAAGGCAUGAUUAUUAGAGCAUGUGGAUUUUGUGCAUAACAUGCAGCAUUCUGUAUAUUCAUUAUGAAACAAGAACCAUUUCAGUUUUGUAAGAAUGAAUGAUAUGAAAUGAAACCAUGCAACUGCCGCAC